AUGACGUGGAAUGAGACAAUAGUUCUUGAUAAUAAUGAUACAAUGAAUUUGACCAAUGAGUCAUUAUUAACUUUAUCGAAAAGUCAAACUUUUCUUUGGAAUUUUAAUUGGUUUAUGAUCAGCUUAGCAACCUUAGCUCUGCUUCUCGUUAUCGUUCUUAUCGGUACUGGUGCUUGGUUUUGGUAUAAUCGUAUGCGUCAUGUCCGUCGACGACAUUCCUUACCAAUCGCCGUUGAUAAUGUCAUGGAAACACGAAAACUGCAAGAAAAUCAAUUCUCAUCAAGUCCAAUCAUUAAAAUACCAAACAAAGCUCCGCCAGUACCACCUCGUCCUUUAUCCUAUACAACAACACUUAGCAAAGUUGAAUAUCGAUCGAAUCUUUGA